UGACGAAAUGGCUGAAUACAAGUUAGAAUUUACUGCUGCGGAAUAUACUCAUUUUGAGCAGACUGCUGACUGUGUUGAGGAUACAGCCGCUGUAUCUGCACCAGAACACAACGUAACUGAUACAGUUCGUGCACCGUACAAUACUACAGGUGCUUCCACUACUGUGCCAUGUCUAAAGUCUCAUCACCGAUCCUUGGUUGCUUCAAGUCUUCUUCUUUUAAUUUUAGUAACAGCUGGUACAUGUAAAGGGUAUAUACAAGGAAUAGUGAUGCUUGUUACUCACUACUUGCAAAUGACUCAAGCAAACACUUCCACAGUUCCACUUUCGUUCGAUUUUGGUUUCACAACUGCAGUUCUGUUUGUUAGUUACAAUGGUGGAAAACGUCACAGAACUCGUUGGAUAGCGGUAGGAACACUUUUUAUUGGUCUGGGUACAUUGCUAUCCACUCUGGGAUACUUUAUAUCUAAAGAUGAAAUUAAUGAUUUGGGAGCUCCAAUUCUUUCGAUUCAACUAUGUAAUAUGAGUGAUAGUUAUAGACGUGAAGAAAAUGAGCCCGGCCCUGGAACACCAACAUUGAGCUGGUUAUCCAUUGGACUGAUUAUGUGUGGGUUUGGCGCAGCACCUCAGAUUUGUUUGGGGUUAACGUAUAUAUGCGACAUUCUUCCAAUGAAGUACACUCCGCUUUACAUAGCGGCGAUAUUUACAGCAAAUGGAUUAGGGCUGAUCCUAGGUGAACUGUUAAGCUUCAACAUGCGGAAAGAAAUAGAGAAUGUAACUCAAGAACCGGCUGUCUGGGGGUCAGCUGCAAUGAAUCGUUGGUGGGUUGGUUUCUGUAUGAUGGGACUAUUUGUAUUACUAAUUGGACUAAUUAUCCUGACAUUUCGCAAGAUUGAUGCAACUACAGACGAUGGUGAAUCUCCAGAGGUGCGUCACAUAGGCCUAUGCCUACAACACGAAACACUUGGAAAAUAUAGACCACUUGCAGAUGAAGUCACCAUAUCAUCCAGAAGAGUUCGGCCUAAAACUAUCGUCCGUUUACUUCAGAACCCGACUUUAAUGACUAGUUGUGCUGCUCAUGCAUUUGAAGCUGCCAUUUUCUGCGGAAUUUAUCAGUUCCUGCCAGCUUUUCUGGAGAGAGAUUAUUCUGUCGAAGGAGGAUUGGCUGAUAUUAGGAUAGCAAGUGUGGUAAUAACUGGUUUAAUUACUGGUGGAAUAUGUGCAGCUAUAGUUCUUAUCAAGGGGCAAGUAUUGCAGCUGAAAUCACUCUGUCUGACGGUACUUGUAUUCGGUGUGAUAUCGAUGGGCCUAUAUUGGUCUUUCUUUGCGCCGUAUUGUAAUGGAAUCGAAGUUUCUCCAUAUCAGCACAGAAAUAUGAAUGCAUCUGUUUGUACUGCUUCAUGUCGUUGUUCGCAAGACUAUUUUCCAGUUUGCGGCUCAGAUGGUGUUGUAUAUGCGUCUCCUUGCUAUGCUGGAUGUACCCAUGGAAACUAUACAGACUUUCUGGAUUGUUCUUGUCCGAAUUCUAACAAUGGUAGUAAGGGCAGCGCUGUUGCUGGUGUGUGUAGUGCCAACUGUGACCCGAUGUGGAGUAUUCUUCUCCUCCUAUUUUUCACAGCUUUCGUUACUGGAAUUCAGGAAGUUCCAGCUACACUUGUUGUCUUAAGGUGUGUUUCUCAUGGUGACAGAUCCGUGGCUAUUGGGCUAAUGCUUUUUAUUACCCAUUUGCUUGGGCUUUUACCAGCCGUUAUCUACUUUCCAGCACUUCUCAAACACUCGUGUUUAUUGUCGCAACCUACAAAUGAAACAUAUUUUUAUGAGUGUUUAGCAUAUGAUUCUGUGCGGUUUCGAUAUAUAUUUUUUGGCACAAUCAUAACACUAAAAUGUCUAGCACUUUUUUUCUUUUCUUUGUCAUGGUGCUCCACAAAAAAGCCAUCGCCAAUUGGACUCAACGAACGUUCGUCUGUACAUACUAGUUCGUAUGUGAGAUUUGGUAUGGAGGGUUAUGACGAAACAUUCGAACUAUGAACUAAAGCACUUAAAGUUCAUUUGUAUUGAUAAUGUCUGUGUAAAGUGGUAUAGAUAAUGUGCCAUAUAAUCUCGAAACAUAGAUAGUUUCGAUUAUAAAAAUAUCUUCCUAACAUGUUUGCGUGAACAUGCUUCUCUGUAUUUUUUAUCCCGUCGCUCAACACAGAGGAGACAUAGCAAUAUGGACUCGUUAACAAAUAGUAAUCCUAAUAGUUAUAUGGCUUAGCGUUAAUGACCCAAAACUGUAUUGCAAUUUUAGCUUACUACUUAUCUUAAUUCAUUAGGCCUAUUAUUUCUGUUGUAACUUAAUUCGUGGUGUUACAACAAAAUCUUCCAAAACUAAAAUGACAAAUAAACGAAUAAAAUGCAAAAUAAUAAUAAUAAUAAUAAUAAUAAUAAUAAUAAUAAUAAUAAUAAUGAGAAUUUAUAUAGCGCAAAUUAUAAAACAAUGUUAAAAUCAAAUGCGCUUUAGACUGAAAGUUAUGUUUCCUUUAAACAUAAUGUUUUGAUGUUAGCUUUGAAAGUGGAUAUUGUAGAAGAUUGCUUACGAUGUAAUGGUAGAGAGUUCCAGAGUAGUAGCUGCAAAUGUGAAAGAUCUGUUGCCGAUAGUUUUGAAGUUGGUUCAAGGAAUAGAUAAAAGACAUUGGUGAGAGGAUCAAAGGGAACGAGAAGGGGUAUAUUUGGAACGGUGGUCAAGAAGGUAGAAAUACAGUAUCUUUCGUACUCAAAAGCACCCGAUUUUGUACUACACACACAAAACUAACUAAUCUUCUGUGGUUUUAUUAGAGCACCAGAAUUUGGUUUCAGUCAAUUUUAUCAAUUGUAAACGGCCAGACAUCACGAUUACACAAGUUACGUUAUCGAUAUUCUCGAAGGUACAGUUUUGGUGUUGCAUUUAUUUCUCUUCUUCAAUUAUGUUGACCCUCAAUACUGCGAAACAAGAGGAAAUUCCCAACAUAAAUAUAACUAAAAUAAUAAGAAAAACUAAAAUAAUAAGAAAAACUAAAAUCAGUUAAUAAAACAUAAGGCAAUCCAAAAA